AGGGAGAGAGAGAGCGAGAGAGGGAGGGAGAGUGUAUAACUUUGGGGAACACAGGAAGGAGGCUGCACGGGGAACAAACUUUUCUGUCUUGGUUGUGUUCUUUUGGACAUUUUUGCACUUCAUGAAGGAGCUCAGUGCUGACAGAGCGGAGCAAAGGGAGAAUCAUUUGUUUGUUUUCCUCUUUUAAAAGCUAUUUUCUUUAUUUUUGUGAUCUGCAGAGAUUUAUUGUGUGUGUGUGUGUGUGUGUGUGUUGUUGUUCUUUGCAUUUUUAUCUGAUUGUUGCUUAUCUGCCUGAGCUUUGAAGAAGGCGUUACCACACAUCUGAAAUCCUUCCAAACUUAGCUGCUGCUUUCUCCAGCUCAUGGGAGCUGAACUGAAACACCACACACACAUAUAAACACACACACACACACACACACACACACACACACACACACACACACACACACACACACACACACACACACACACACACACACACACCUGUUGUUGCUGAGGAUUCCCUGGGAACGCAGUCAUGGACAUCUGCGUCACCGUUGCUUGAGGGAAGCUGUGCGUCUGUGCAGCUGUUAUCUGGUGGUGGCUUCGUUGAAUGUUACAGUAGAAGCUGACCUGCCAGUCCGGGGUAGAGGAGGGAGAUGUCAUCCUACUACCCUCGCACCAAGGACCUGACUCGCACCAGAAAGUCACUGACAGAGUCGCCGCCGUCUUCUCCGUCCCCUACAGACAAAAACUACAGACAUGACAGACUGUCAAGGUAUGACUCCAGUGGAGAGAGUGCGACAGACAAACCAAUGGGCCGAACCAGCUCGUACACUCGGAGAGAGACGAGGCUGGCCGCUCUGAAUCGACAGGAGCAAGACUCCACUGCCAAAGACUACAAGAAGAUGUACGCAGAAGCUUUGCAUGAGAACGAGAGACUCAAGUCCAGGUUGCACGACAGCAAACAAGAGUUAGUGAAGAUACGAUCCCAGCUGGAGAAAGUCACCCAGAGACAUGACAGGAUAUCAGAAAGAUCUACAGUACUUGAAUCGGAGAAAAGGGAAAAACAAGCUCUUGAGAAAAGGGUGUCAGACAUGGAGGAGGAAAUAAAGGCUUUCCCUGCUCUGGCUCAGGUCCAGGCCUUGCGGAGGGUGAACGAGUGUCUCCUGGCUGAGAAUAGAGCCAUGCUGCGCGUCCUCGCCCGCCUCUCUGAGACGGCCUCCAUGCCGGAGACGGAGGACCUCUGAUCCUCUACGAUCAUCUCCUUUCCUCCUCCCCUCCUCUUCCCUUCCUCAGCCACAUAACCUCUACGCUCCUCUUUCCUCCUGGUGCCUCUUCAGCCCCUCGUCCUCUGCUGUGUUCCUCUCAGGCAGAUGUUAACAGAGCUCAAGUCAGACAACCAGAGGCUAAAGGAUGAGAACGGGGCUCUCAUUCGAGUCAUCAGCAAGCUGUCCAAAUGAAAAGAAGUCUGAAGCGCCUGUUCUGUGUCUGUGGAUGCUCCAACCCUGAUAUGGCAGUUUAAUUAUCCACGAGGUCCCAGGUUCUGAUCCUCUCCGAGUUACUGAACGGUGAUGGGCCGCUUUGGCUGCGUUUGCAGAAACAUUAUUCUGCUAAUUCCUGUUGGAACUCCAAAGAGAAGUGUUAUUAAGUUUCAGUCAAAUUUCACAGAAAGAAGUGAGUCAGUAUAAUAGUCUCUUCUUGAUUCGUCAUAGUUUUUUGGAAUAUUUUUCACAUGUUUAAAAUAGGGACCAGAUGUUUGGAUGACAUUUGAAGGCCCAGUCGAACAAACACUGGGGUUUGCAUGAGGAUACUGUAUUAUAUCAGCACAUCACAUUGAGAAUUCACGUUUGUUGCUACAUUGUCACUGCAUUUAAGUGUUUUAAUAUUAUCUUAAUUAUUGAGAAUAGACUCAGACUGUACUGAGAUGAGAGAUAAAACCUCCAGUUUCGUUUUUACGUGAAAUGUUAGAAAUACAGUAACUCGUUUAACAAAUAAGUUUGAAACAUUUUCACUCUAUGUUACAGCUAUUGAGGCUUCAUAAGACGCGUGUUUAGGGUUGUAUUUUCCUCAAUUGACAACUUUCUCAGGUUUGUCACUCAGCUGUGCCUGCUCGCCACAAUUCAGUGCCUCCGUAAUGUGGAUUUUAUGGCUCUGAGUUAGAUAAACAGUGAACCCCAGACUUCUCUUUGGAAACCUGCGGGUGUUUUUCUACGGUUUUCAAAUACAGCUCGUGGUCCAGUUGUUUUAGGACCCACGAAUAUACAAACAAACGACAAGCCUUUGGCAAACACACAAUUCCAAGUGGUCAGAUGAGCAUUUUAAUCCAAUUUGUACCAUUUUUGAAAAUUACAUUUUGCUAGUAUUUGACAAUUGUGUUUUCUUAACCCAGCAUGUGACAGUGUCCCCACUGUAUUCAGCAUGUGAAGGAGACUUGAAAGGCAGAGACUGAGCAGAUGCACUUAGCAGAGUGUGGACGGUGGUCAUCUUUGAUCACUAGCGCCCCUAUGACAUUCACAAUGGUACAGUUUCCAUGAGAACACGAUGUUACGUUGGCCAGAUUCUUUGUGUGUUUUCAGCUCCCAUGCUUCAGUUUUUGUUUCGAUGUCCUUCAUAAAGGAUUUAUAUUUCUUUUGAUCCUGUAUCCAUCUUCAACAACACAACGGCUGAACAGCGGAGGCACUCCGAGUGUGUGUGUUGAUGAAAAUGUCCUAUCUUUUGUUUUGUAAUAGAGAUAUAUUUAUUUAUUUAUGGAUUUAUCAGAUUUGAUCUUUAUACUUUGUUUAUUCGAUUUCGUUUCAAGGGAAUACACCGACUUUGUUGGCCAACUUUGUGUCAGGCGAUGAAAAUGCAAAUACCAAAAUCAUUCACUUCAGUCAUUGCUGUGAAAAAAACAAAAACACAUCACUUCUGGCACUUCAUCUCAGCCUCCUCAGUAUGGUCUAAAAUAUGAAACACAAUCCAGGGUAUCAAGAUUCAAAAUGGUGCGAGUGUGUUUAAUUAUGUGGGUAACAGUCAUUUAGUACAACGUCAUUUUGUCAUGUGCACCUAGCAACAUCUAUUACAAUCCAAUUUCGCAGUCCUGUAAUAAAUCUAAACUUUACUAAGUUUUAAUUGGGUUUUGUUCUGGAGGCCAUCUUCACUUGUGCUACUGCAGUGGAGUGUUUCUCAAUAUGUGAGAGCUGCAAUGUGUUUGAAAGAACAGUUUGCAAGAGAAAAGAAAGAGGAAAAACAAAAGACUCAUGCCUAGUUCAGUUCAAAACACGGCGUCUCUACGUCACACAAUCGGCUUCAAAUUUAAAAUUCCUUUAGUCACUGUAAAUAGCAAAUCAGAUUCAGGAAGGGUUUUGAUAUCCGUCUUCUCCUCGCUAAACGGGUUAGCUGACACAGGUCCUCAAUGCUUCAUGUAUUCCUCGAACAAUGCGAUGGUUUUGGAGUCCAACCGGGGCGGCAUGCUGUAACACUGGUGUUGUGUUCAGUCACAGAAACUGAUUUACUUAGAAAUAAGCGACAGUUAAGUGUCCGCUAUUUGUACACAUAUAUGAAACUAUGCAGGAUGUUAUGUUGAACAGUGUGAAAUGUGUUGAAUGACGGCUUUAUAUGCACACAUCGGUUUAUUCACUUUGCUUAAUAAAGUGUUAAAGGGCGAA